UAUUUUGCAAUGGUUGAACGCUUAUUCAAAUUUUUGUGAAAUUUUCAUAGCAAGUAAAUUAUGAAUGUUGAUUCUGCUCAAGUUUUAAAAAUGCCUUCCCCUAUAUUGUCUCCUAAAAAGAUAGAGAUGCUUACAGUCAUUAGAAAUCGAAAAACUGAGCUAUUGAAUGAAAUUAAAUCUUUAGAAGACGAAAUUAAUGAUAUAUCUGCACAAAUUGAGAAUAUGGAUAUUCUCGAAGAAAAUAAGACCAGUUCUCAAACGAAAAAGCUUGCAAUUGGGAAAAAGAAAUUUAAUAUGGACUCAAAUAAAGGCAUAAUUUAUAUGAUAGAGAAUGAAAUUCUUAAACCGGGUGCUGAAGAUAUUGCAUAUUUUUUGUAUCAUGGCGAAGGUCUUAAUAAAACUGCUAUUGGGGAGUAUUUAGGGGAAAAUAAUGUAUUUAACAUUGAAGUGUUGAAUUAUUUUGUUAAACUUCAUGAAUUUACAAAUAUGAUACUAGUCCAAGCUUUGAGACAAUUUCUUUGGAGUUUUAGACUUCCAGGAGAGGCUCAAAAAAUUGAUAGACUAAUGGAAUGUUUUGCCAAACAUUAUUGUGAUUGCAAUCCUGGUGUAUUUCAUCAUACAGAUACAUGCUAUAUAUUAUCAUUUUCCAUUAUUAUGCUUAAUACAAGUUUACAUAACCCAAGUGUUAAAGAAAAACCUUCCCUGCAAAGAUUUAUUGAAAUGAAUAAAGGAAUUGAUGCAGGGGAAAAUUUACCUGAUGAUCUUUUGUCAUCUUUAUACAAUAGUAUCAAAAAAGAACCAUUUAAAAUUCCUGAAGAUGAUGGUAAUGAUCUUAUGCACACCUUUUUCAAUCCCGUAAAGGAAGGUUGGCUCUGGAAACAAGGUGGCCGUUAUAAGACUUGGAAACGUCGUUGGUUCGUUCUGGCUGACGCUUGCCUUUAUUACUUUCAAUUUACCACCGAUAAGGAACCCCGGGGAAUAAUCCCCUUGCAAAAUCUCAAAAUCCGCCCUAUUCCGUCUACUUUUAAUCCAGUUACCCAUACUACUUAUCCCGCGAAAACUGGCUCUUCUAAGGAUAAUUUUAAUAAUUUAUCCACUAUGGUUCACAGCUCAAAGUCUAAUCAUGUUUCAAAUAAUACCACAGGCAAUUUUAACAAUAUAGGGGCAGGGAACUAUGCCAACGUCUUUGAAAUUUUGCCCAUGAUCGACAAUGAAAUCAUAAAGGCUUGUAAAAAGUCGGAUAACGAAGGUGGUAAAGUGGUGGAAGGAAAACAUUGCGUAUAUAGGAUGUCAGCUUCCAGUCCAGUGGAGGCUCAAGCCUGGGUCACAGCCCUCAAUAGUCAGACCAAAUAUUACUUAAAUCAUAGGCAUAACUCUACUUAUAAUUGUACCUCAACAUCUUUAAGUUCUAUGACAUCUGACUCUAGUCUGUCUAGGAGUUAUGGCGAAAACAAAGCUAACGGUGAUAGGAGUACCGGCGGUAAAGCUAACAAUGUCCAUUUGUACCGUGAACUUUUAUCUUUAAGACGGCAAUACAACGGGAAAUAACUUACGUGAGUUCUUUUAUCCUGUAAAACUUUAAGAGUAUUGUUAUUACCCUUACCUUAUUAAUAAUUUCAUUACAAAUGAGUAUAUUAUAUGUUCAAAAGGCUUUAUUGCAUUUACUAUAUAGAUUGGUGCAAAUUUGAAAUUCAAAAAAAUGUAUAUAAAUUUUCUAUUAAUAAAUAACCUUGAUGGACUUUUA